CUCAUCCUGUUCAUUAUCAAUACCUUCAUCAUGACUAUCCGCAACGUUGCCAUCUUCGGUGCCUCCGGCAACUUUGGCACGCCUAUCACCGCCGCUCUGAUCAACGUCAAUUUCUGCGUGACGAUCAUCAGCCGGAUAGAAUCCACAAGCCAAUUCCCAGAGGGCAUCCCCGUCAUCCGAACAGAAUAUACGCUCCCGGCUUUAACAGAAGCCCUGACCGGGCAAGACGCGGUGGUCUGCGUCGUCGGUCCAGCAGGGAUCCAUCACCAGAACACGAUGAUCGACGCGGCAGAGGCGGCAGGGGUACGGCGUUUCAUCAUUGAUGAUUUCGGCUGGGGACCCAAUGUGCGUGGAUUACCUGAGUUUGAGCCUGUACGGGCUCAACGCCGCGUUCCAUGGGAUCACGCCGAGAAGGUGGCUGCUAGAAAUCCCAACUUUACAUACUGCGGAAUUGCAACGGGGAAUCCAAUCGAUUGGGCACUUAAACGCUUCCCGAAAAUGGGCUUCAACCUCAAAGACCAGUCAGCUGUGAUCUACGACGCAGGGAACGAAAUGUUCACAGGAACAACGCUGCAAGGUAUCGGCCAGGCGGUGGUGGGCGUCUUAUCCCAUCUAGAAGAAACGAAGAACCGCCUCGUCAAGGUGCAAUCCAUCCAGACGUGCCAGAACGAGCUACUCGCGGCGUUUGAAAAGGAGACAGGAACAAAAUGGAGUGUCGAGCGGUUGACGACACGGUCCCUCAAGGAAAGCGGGCGCCGCAAACUGCAGGCUGGGGAUGGAGGAUGGGUCUUGGAUCUUGUGGUUGCGCAGCUGUUCGACGAGGGAGAGGCGAGAUGCUUGGUUGCGCGGACGAGAGAAGAUUCAGAUGCUGAACUCUUGGGCAUCAAGGAGGAAACAGCAGACGGCAUCGCUACUGCUGCUCUAACUCUAUAGAAAUCAGUCGAAAUGAAUGUUGUUAUGAAAUGAAAAGAUGUAUAUUAGAACAGUAAC